AUGGGUGAGAGUUAUGCUGGGAAGUUCGUUCUAGCAAUUAGGUACCAUAUUUUGAAGGUGAAUGCUUACUUGCCGGCGUCAAAGCGGGUGAACUUGGCCGGCGUCGCUAUAGGGAACGGGUUGACAGAUCCGGUGAACCAGGUUUCUACUCACGCUACGAAUGCUUACUACUCUGGUUUGAUCAAUGAGAGGCAGAGAGAUGAGUUAAAGAAAUUGCAGAGGGAGGCAAUUAAUCUGGCCAAAAUGGGCAAGUGGAGAGAGGCAACAAACGCAAGAAGCCACGUUCUGACUAUGUUGCAAAGAAUGACAGGGUUGGCGACAUUGCAUGAUUUUAGCAAGAAAGAUCACCCGUACGAAACAGAAAUGGUUUUUGAUUUUUUAAGGAAAGGAGACAUGAAGAAGGCUUUGGGAGUGAAGCACGACGAUUUCAUGAAGAGUGUGAAGUUCAUGGUGGAAUUUUUGGUGAAGAGGAGCAAGGUUUUGCUGUAUGAAGGGCAUCUGGAUAUGAGGGAUAGUGUGGUUUCAACAGAGGCAUGGGUGAACGGGAAGCCGACAAUCGGCGUGCCAGUCUUGCGGGGGGCUGGGUGA